UGGUGCUUCGUGUGUGUGAGACUGACUGCCAGCAGAAAGUAAUACACGUUCUUUUCAAUGUGGAAGUUAGCUCCUCUUACCCAGUUAAAACCAUAAGAUAAAAUAAGCUUUUAUCUUUAUGUAAACGUACUAUAUCAGCUGCUGAGAGGGAUCAACGAGCCAUGGCUUACCGUCUGUUUGAAGGCAAAAAGCAUGCUUCUUCCUACUGGAAGCACAGGAUCUCACCAUCAGAUGAACUAAUACGACAGAUGCUUGACUUUCUGGAAAAACGGAAAGGACAUCCCUUCGAGCUGGCAGUGGAUGUUUGUUGCGGCUCAGGACAGGGCACGGUGCGGCUGGCCAAACACUUUGCCUCGGUGGUGGGGACAGACGUUAGUCCUGCCCAGGUGGAAGUGGCUUUGGAGAAUGCUAAAGAGCCAAACAUCACGUAUAGACAGUGUGUGGCCGAGGAGCUGCCAUUGGCUGACAGCUCGGUGGACUUGGUGACAGCAAUGUCUGCCUUCCACUGGUUCGACCGACCACGUUUUCUCCAUGAGGCCCACAGGGUCCUGAAGCCCAAUGGCUGCUUGGCUCUGAUCAACUACACCGUUAACAUGGAGCUCAGCUACCCGGACUGCUGCUCAGAUACACUCAACCAAGUCUGCAAAGAGUUUUAUGCAGCCUUGGAGCCUUACCGCAGUCCCCACCUUGGUCCCAGCUCUAUGGAAUUAUACCGGGAGGCCUAUGAAUCCAUCCCUUACCCUGACAAGGACUGGCAAGAGUGUGUGUGGGUAAAAAGACCCAUGCCUCUGUCCAGCUACAUGGGGUUGGUGGAGACAUUCUCAAGCUAUCAGGCGCUGCUGAGAGAGGACCCGCAAAAAGCCACAACACUCUCCCAGGACAUCUGUCAAAGGUUGAUGUCCGUAAUGAGGGUGACCUCAGUGGAGACAGAGGUAGUGGUGGCUGUGAAGUAUUUCUACCUUCUGGCCUGCAAACCCCAGGAAGCCUGACUACUGCCAGCACAGGAACUUGUGCCACCCCACCCGGCCUUUUGUCAACUUUAAUGUCUGAAGGUUUUCUCUUGGACAUUUAAAAACAGAAUGGUAGUGCGUAGUGUGCUAGUUGUUACUUAUAUACG